GUCCAAUCUCCCUGAGCUUUGAAGCAUCGGGUCUUGAAAUUUUUUCCUCAUUAGGCCUGUAUAUUUUUUAUACAUUCUCUUAGAGGAACUGCUGAGAAAGCAUACAGAUAAACAUUUGUGGGUUUGAGGGGCUUAGAUCCCUAUGGAAGAAUAUAGAGACAGCUUGCUUUUAUUAUUUAUCAGAAUACUAGCCUGUGAAUAUUUUCAGUUGGAUAGUUAGCAAAUAAUGAUUACUGACCAGGAUCCAUUUUCUUAGAUUUUUGUCCUGUCCAGCCAUUGAAAUAGUUCAAUGAUUUGGCCUAAGUGUCUGAAUGCAUUUUUUAAAAAUUAUGUGGUAUAUGCUAUUCUCUGGCAUGCAGAUAGGAAGGUUUAAUUACGAAAUAUAAUUGGUCUCUCAAAAUGUUUGACUCACCGCAUGUCUGGCCUGCGUAACUGGAGAAAAACAGCAAAUGGGCACACAGGCAAAAUACAUUGGACUUUCAUUAACGGACAUACAUUGAAAACUACCAUGGCAAAACGCUUCAUCCAGCUGCAGAGGAGUAUGGCAACCCCUGACCCUUUUGGCACAUCAAAAGAUGAGAUGGAAAGACUUGCGGGAGAACUGAAGAAAUGGAAGGAAAGAGUUGAAAAAGCUGAAAAAGCAAAAGCUGACCUUUUUCUCUGUAAAGUAAGUGCUGAUGAAGAGUGUGUUAAAGCAGAGGAGGAGCUGAUAAAGCUAAAGGACUUUCAAGAGAAACAGCAUAAGAACAUAAUUAUGUCUAGGGAGACCCAUGAGAGAGAACUCCAUGUACUAAUUGAAGAAAAUGCUGAGCUGAAGAGAGAGAUUGAAAAGCUCAAAGAAGACCUUGCAAAAUGUAGUUCAGGGCUUUCACGGGAUGGUCAGAUUAAAAAACAGGUAGCAGAAAUGAAAAUGAAGUUCAGUCACAUGGAAGAAAUGAAGAAUGACUAUGCAGAUAUGAAUACUCACUGUGUUUUUGGUGUAACUACAAAACUCCCAUUCAGACUGAAUCAAAACCAGGCACUGCUUACUUUUGAAGAUGAAGAAGUUGCCCAGAGACUGAUAAAAAUGGGUAAGCAUGCUGUGAACCUGGACAGCAAAAUAGCAGAUGUGAGAGUCAAGCCUUUUGCACUUGAAAUGGGAGUCAAGUUUGAGCUUCAUGUUACUAUUUCUGGAAAGAAGAUCAAUGUUUCAGAAGUACCUGAGCUAUCCAUUCCUGAAGACUGGAUGAGAGACAAAUUAGAGCUGACUUUCUACAAAUCUGAACAGGGAGGAGGAGAAGUAGAAAAUGUGAACUAUGACAAGCAGUCUAGAACAGCUGUUAUUACAUUCCUCAGACCUGGAGCAGCUAAUGGCUUGGCAAGAUGUACUAAAUAUCCUUUCUUUGUAAACGGAAGGUGCUAUAGGCUUUCUGUUUCCCCAGACACCGACGUACACUUGGAAAAGUUUCAGCUCUAUUGUGGGAUUUCUAAGAAGACCAUUCUGUUGAAAAGAAUUGAAGAGACGGAAGAUGACGAGGAAAGUGUACAGGACAUGAUUGAAAUUCAUUUUCAAAAGCCUAGUAAUAGUGGUGGGGAAAUAGAGAAAAUCAAAUAUGUAUCGAAAGGAGUAACAUGGGUUUGGUUUGAGGAGGAUACUUAGAAUGCUGUAUAGGAAAUUGUAGAUUGAACUCAUGAAGUUCUGAGGUUUUGCUUCAUGAGAGGCGUAGGAAGUUACGGAGACAUUGUGCUUUAAUGUUCUGAAAUUACACUUGAAAAAGAGGAACUACCUGUCGUUCUGAUUUGUGUAAUGGCACAGAUUUGCAUAGAAACUCAGUAAAACUCACUGCUUGGCGUUCCAAAGGCUCCUGAUUAAAGUCAUAAAAAAAGUCUUUACCAGCACUUGAAACUUAAUCUAAGAUGGCUUUCUGCAAAUUUGCAGAUUUUGUAUCUUGCAAAUCUUAGAUAGGUCACAUACUCCAAAGUGGGAUGAAUCUGUUCCUUCUUACAUUUUGGUUACAAAAGCUGUAUGUAAUCUCAAUCAAAAGCAUCUUCACGGACCUGCGUUUUUUAAAGUGCCACAGCUUCAGAAGGUAGCUCGGACAGAACUCCAGUCCUGCUGAGACUGCUGUGUGCCACCAUAACUCAAAUACCUGAAAAGAGUUAUGCUGUAAUUUCAUAAUAGCUGCAUUAUCAAAUUCUUCAUAAAAUUAAAAUAUAAAAAGGGAGAGUGCAAAACCACCACAGAUUUACUCAGGAAAUAGUGCCUAUAAGGCACUUCUUAUAAAGAAAUGCCAUAGCAGUAAUGCUGCUUUUAGCUGUUGCAAUGCUGUGACUUCUCUUAGGAUCUGAUGCAAAUUCUGCUGAGCUUCCGAUAAGUUAAUAGCCUGGUUUAUUUGGUUUUAAUACUUGUUUCUACAGUUACAUUUUUCCUCAUUUUUGUUCAUGGUUUUGCUUAUUUUAAAAUAUCACAGUUAAGAAUUGAGAUGAUUCUGUAUCUAAAACAGAUUACUUUGUAAGAAUGCUGGGGAAACAGUUCGAUGGUGGACACUGUGUCUGAGGUAUCUGUGUUGGUGCAGGUGACUGGCCCGGCUGCUGGCUCUGGGAGGGUCUGUAGAGAGGGGUCAGCUGGAAAAAGGCAUAUAGGGUUUAGGGCAACUUAAUUUUUCGGCAUGUAAAAUGACCCUUUUGUUUCCAGUUCAUCCUUCCAGUUCUCAUUCUCAAAGACCUUUGAAAUAAAAUGGAAAUUCCAAGGA